AUGGUUAUUUUUCAGGUUUUACUGAUUUUUCAGGGUAUUCUUAAAAUCGAUUCAAGUAAAGAUGCCGAUGAGCCUUGCCCCGACGCCGAAAUACAAGUGGAAUGUGUCGGACUGUGCAGAGUCGAAUACAAUCGCUGUCGUCUUUUGUGCGAGACAGAAUAUUGCCAGUCGAUUUGCGACCGAGAAUAUCAAAACUGCCGCGACUAUUGUCCCUGUGGAGAGAAGUGCAAAGAGGGAUGUGUCAACUGCGAACAUCCAAUGUGUCCGGUUACGAACAUGGCUUUGGACGGAAACGCUGGACAGCGAUUCUUCGCGCUCUAUCGCCGACCAGACUCUCAAUCGAUCUCACUCAGCUUUGCCGAUCCAGAAAGGUGCAAGUUCUUUUCACAAUCUGAUGAUUUCGAAUGCGUACCUGGCGAAUGGAACACUUUCAAACUUGAGCAGCGACAAGACGAAAACGACCCAACCCUUACCAACAUCGUCGUCAGCAUCGAUGAUGACAUCGUCGCUGAACGAGUUGUUGCGACCCAUCGAGUAUUGAAAGGAGACGAAUUGAAUGUUUUCGCUUCGAAUAGUUGGAACGACGCUGCGAAAGACUACUCAAUUCGGAAUUUCUUCUACCAAACCUUUGACGAAAUCGAAUACGAACAAUGCGUCGCUGUUGAUCCCUGUGAUGGCAAGACUGACUGUAUCACCUUUGUCGGCUCCUGCGAGAUGAAUCCUAGCUUCAACAACAAAUGCGGAACAGUCACUGCUGAAAUCAACAGCGUCGUCAGCGCCGAAGUCAAGUGCUCUCACGACAUGGACAUAGACAAUCAAAACUACACAAACAUUCUCCAGAUGACCUCGGACAAUAAAGACGGAAAUCCCGGACAGCGAUUCUUCAUGCUUAACCGUCACAAAAAGAACCAUCAGCUGGAGUUGUGCGUCGAUGAUCCUUCAACGGACAAGUGGAGGGCGAGGAGCGGCUUCUUCGAUUGCGUUCCUGGCGUGUGGCAGACCUGGCGAUUUGAGCGAAGACAAAAUUCAAACGACCCAAAUUUGACUGAUCUAUCCAUGUUUCUCGAUGACGUUAAAAUUUUUUUCGAACACUGUUCCCACCGAUGA